AUGGACGAACUCAACAAUAACCAAAGCAACCUCAUUUACUUUUCCUGGACCCGCGCCCAUCAACGUGUAACAGGAAAUGAGGAAUCAGAUGUGUUGGCAAAGGAGGCAGCCGCUUCUCCAGCCACACCAAGCUUCGAUGACAUCCCAACCGUUGCUAUCAAGGAUCUUAGUAGAGAAACACUCAUCCACAUGUGGCAGAGAGAACGGGAAGAUGCGGACACCGACAAGACUACCUUCAAGUUCCUACCUAACAUUCCCACCCGUCUCUCUCUCAACCACAUAUCUAGCAACUACUUCAUCAGCCAACUCAUUACUGGCCAUGGGAACUUUCGCCAGUACCUCAAUAGAUUCCACCACAGCGAUAUCCCCUUCUCCCAGUGCGACAGCGGUGCUAUAGAGGAUCCUCAGCACUUCAUCUUCGAGUGCAACCUCUAG